GGAAUCUCUGGAUAGUGAUAAGUCAUAGCGAAAGAUGGAUAAUAACAAAUGGAGUCUUCACGGUAUGACCGCUCUUGUGACAGGUGGAGCCAGGGGAAUCGGAUAUGCCAUAGUAGAGGAGUUAGCUGGUUUUGGAGCUAGAAUCCAUGUAUGCGACAUAUCUGAAACUCUGCUUAAUCAAAGUUUAAGUGAAUGGGAAAAGAAAGGGUUUCAAGUGAGUGGCUCAGUCUGUGAUGUAACGUCUCGUGCCGAGAGAGAAACACUGAUGCAAACCGCUUCCUCGCUUUUCGAUGGCAAACUCAACAUUUUGGUUAACAAUGUGGGUGGAAUUCGCAAUAAGCCAACGAUAGAGAAUGUGGCAGAAGAUUUCUCGUUCCAUAUCUCAACAAACUUAGAAUCUGCUUAUCAUCUUAGCCAACUUUCACAUCCUCUCCUAAAGGCUUCAGGAUUUGGAAGCAUCAUUUUCAUUUCCUCUAUUGCAGGUGUUGUAAGGAUGGCUUGUUCAUCAGUUUUUUCUGUAGCCAAAGGAGCUCUACAUCAGCUAGCUAGAAAUUUGGCAUGUGAAUGGGCAAAAGACGGCAUAAGAGCCAAUGUUGUUGCGCCAAAUGCUAUCACGACUCCUCUGUCUCAACCUUUUCUUGAUGACAUCGGUUUUAAGGAGGCAUUGUUGAGUAGAACUCCACUUGGCCGUGUUGGAGAGCCAAAUGAAGUUGCAUCACUAGUGGUCUUCUUGUGUCUACCUGCAGCUUCUUAUAUUACUGGUCAAACCAUUUGUAUUGAUGGAGGUCUCACUGUUAAUGGCUUCUCCUAUCAGCCACAGGCUUGAUAAUAGCCUUGUCCUGUUCUGUUGUUUGUCUUAAAUUUGCAAUGUUUACUAAUAAAAAGUCGCUCACUAUGAGUCUAUGAGUCGAAAACAACGAUAUCACAAUUUGAUUACACUCGCAAUGUAUCUAUCAUACAUGAAAAUGUUCUAUUCCA